UGUACCAAUGCAUUAUUUCAAGUUGAACAAACAAUGUAUUGUUAACAAACAUGAAUAAGUAAUGAACAGUAGAUUUAUGAAUUAAAUAACCUAUAAUGCUGCAACCACCGUUUUUUGAAGAAAGGCAUUUCAAGUAAAAAAAAAAUGCUUAAUAUGAACCUAUUUUGGUUCAUUUGACUAUCAUAGUAUUUUGUAGUUUUAAAUUAUAUCAUAGGCUAUUGGGUUGCAUUAGUAAGCUUUAAAAUGUGCACUAAAGGGCCAGCAGAGGGCUGUGCUGUUUUGGGCAUGUUUGAGAAAUGUGAAUGUACGAUCUUGUAAACUCAAAAAGAAAAAAAAAUAAUGAAUUUUACUCAUGGUUCAAACAUGCACUUAGACUGUACCAUCACAAAAUUGGAAAGAUAAAAAAAAAAAAUGCUUAUGUCGUUCACACAGCAAGAAGAAUUAGCAGCUCUCUUCGUGAAAUAUGUACUGUAGGUUCACACUUAACUUAUGUUGCAAUUUCUGUCAACAACACAGGAAGUUGAGGGUAGCAGCAAAAAGGAAGCUACAUGAGCUCAGCCUUCUUCAAAAGUGAAACACAGGCACCUUAAACUUUUGAGCUUUGUGCUCUGCUAAAACACCCAAGACUGCAAAGUGGAAGGAUCCCUGAAAGGGGCACCGGAAGCCAUGUCAGACAGAAAAUCCAAGAAGAACCAGAGGCUUGGUUCAUCACGACGAGGUCCUAAAGGUUUUAACAGAAAUAUUGAGAAAGAUGAUGAUGAUGAUGGGUUUCAGCAGAUUGCAGAGUCUGGGGAUGGGCAAAAUCAAUUUCACACCACCAGUGAUUACCAUGCAACCCAGUUUGAUCAUCCACCAAGCUCAAGCAUUGAACAACAAACAUCUCCAUUAGAAUGUCCUCCACAUGCAAGGAGUCACAAGGAUUUACUCAAGGAGACUGAACUGCCAGAACGGAAAAGAAAAAUGGGUUCCACUCGCAAGAGUACUGGUAGGUUUAAAGGUGAGAGAAAUCUUGAUGAUAUGGGGACCACUGAAGAGUUAGAUGAAGAAUAUGUAACUCAACCAAACACAUCAACCACUGAGGAACAACAUGCUUCUCUAACAGAAGAACAAUCAAAUUUUCCUUCUGAUUUAUCACUUCAGACCAAAAGUUCUGGUUUUGGAAAGGACUCUGGAACAACUCUUAUGUUUGCAGUUUCAGAAAAUAAAGAAAAAGGUACAAUCCACCAUCAAGAAAUAACCUCUCAUUCACAUGAGGUAGUAAGUGAUAUGCCUAUAGACGAGGCAAUGGGGCCAUCUGUCCAUUCUAUUGCUGUCACAGUAGCUGAGUGUGAGUUGUUAAGGGAGGAUUCAGUCAUGUUUAAUGAACCAAAAAUAUUCAGUCACCAAGAAACCCAAAAAGCCAGUACCUCUGGACAAAAAAGAAGGAUGGGCUCAACCCGCAGACCUCUCAGAGGGCAAAACAGUGAAAAUGUAGGUGUGCAAGAACAUUCACAAAACAUGGCUGAGAAUGAAAAGAAAGCAAAAGUCAUGGGCGAAGCAAAGCUGGAAAUGUCAGAAGAGAUGGCGCAAAUAUGGGAUGAUGUGGCAAGAGAUGAUCCAUCGUCCCACACAGAAUCAGCUUUGCUUUUAAGUCAGUCUCUAUUGGCCAAUAGAGCUGAGCAGAAAGAGCCUGACGUUUUGGCUGGAACUGAAACUAUGAACCAACCAGUUGCUUUUCCCCUUGUUGAUUCAGAAAAACCCCUACCUGAAACAUCUAGCCACCAUGGGACUCCAUUACUGAACGAGGCAUUGGAUUUUAAGUUUGGUUCACACACUGAGGAUUUAGAUGUUCUAAACAAAGUUUUGAAAGAAGCAGGAGGUCAUUUAAGUGAUAACAGCCAACAUGUGUCUGAUACAAGAAAAGAUACAAACCCAUCUUACGACUUUAGAGAUGAAAACACAGAAACCAAGAAGGAGGUUCUAAAGCAGAAAGAGGAAACACAAUUAGAGGAACUUGCGUUGCAUGAUCAAGAAUCUUCAUUAGGUCAGCAUGACAUAGCUACUACUAAUAACUAUGAUGGUUCUAUGGUUCAACGUAUAGUUGGAGGAAGCAGAAGUUUUGAUAUGCCUGUGUCUAAUAUUAGCCACGCUGUACCCCCAAAAACCAAUUUUCCACAUGAGAUGAGGGAUGUUGUUGAAGAAAGGCAAGAGAUUCAUAUAGAAAUGAAACAAGACAAUAAUGUUUUUAAUGUUGCUUCAGUAACAUGUGAUACUCUGACUAAUUUAGUGUGUAUUACGGAAGAUGAGGAAGAUCCCCACAUUUUAGCAACGAUAGAAAAAGAGAAUAUGAGUGAUGAAAGAGGAUCUGAAACAGAACAUGCAUUUGAAAUGAUAGACCAGGGUAAUGUAAGAGAUCACAAUGUAACACAAAUAAUAAUGGAUGUAAGAGAUCAUGAAAAAGAUGGAGAAACAAGCACAGAGACCAUUUGGAUUUCACACCAGGAACCGUGUGAUGUUUUAACUGAAAAUGAGGAGCUAUAUAAAGGACAAGAGCAUUAUUCGUCAAAUACAUCUCUAACACACAGUCCAACACAAGAUGAUGCUGCGAAGAUGCUAGAAAAUGAGGAGGUUAGAAAAGACAAAAAAGAGACUGAGAAUACUGCAGUUAAUGAUGUGACCUCAAAGUCAGAGGAAAUGUUUAGUUUUGAAGACUCAGCAACAGAUACAGGAUCUCACGCACAACGACAACUGUUUAUGCAAUCUCCUGUUAAAGAAGGCUAUGACUUGCAUGAAAAUUUGAACGAGAAACAUGAAAAGGAAGAAAUACUUUUCAGUGUAGAAUCAGAGAAUGUAGCUUUUGAUAGAGGCAAUGAGAGAAGUGAAGGAACAGACGGAAUUAAGGAGAUGGAUGCAGCACCAGUGCUGACAUUAGAUGUGGGAGAUGCAGACCUACAUUUAGAAAUUGAAGCACAGAACAAAACAUUUGACUCAAACAGUGAAGCAGAUGGAACAGAGGAGAAUAUCAGUGGUGCUAGUCUUUUAGUCAGAGAAAAUAAAGUUACUGGAAAUACAGUAGAGAGUAUUAUGACUACUGAGUUAGAUUUUCUUCAAACUUCUGAUGCACACGUGGAAGCAUCGAAAGUAUCUGAAAAUGCUGAGAAAGAGGUUUCAGGAGAAACCAUUCUCAAGCAAAGUGACAUCAACAUCAUUCCUGAUAAUUCUCAUGAAGAGGAGGCACAUGCAAAAUCAAGUCCAGUUAUUCAGAAGAGAAAAAUGGGCUCAACUCGUAGACCUCUCAAAGGCAAUAAAGGACUAAGAAAAGGUCAUGAUGAAAAAGAAAUCUUCAUUGUGGAGGAUGAACCCAGUCCAGAUGAAUCCAGACAUACUGCCUUGAGUAGCUGUGACAUUUCAGAAUCACAAACUUUCAAAAAAAUCCAUGCAGGGUCCCAGGAAAAUACUGGAGAUGUUGAUAUAGCACCAGCAGAGGGAGACACAGAAUCACACUCAGAAAACAAAACGUUUGACUCAACAGCAUUUGAAGGAGAAGCAACAGAAGAAAACAUAUGUAAAGCUAGUGUUUUAGUCAGAGAAGUUGAGUUUAUUGGAGAUGCAGUUAUAGUGGAGAGUAAUAUUACUACUGAGUCAGAAUUGAUUCAAAAUAACACUUCCUCUGAAGCAAAACUGGAAGCAUUAAAAGUAUCUGACAAUGUUGUGUAUGAAGUUCUAGAAGAAACAGAUGCAAUUCCCACGCAAAGUGACACCACAGUCAUUCCUGAAGAUACUCAGAAAGAGGAGGCACACUUAAAAUUAACAGUUACUCACAAGAAAAAAAUGGGCUCAACACGUAGACCUCUCAGAGGGAACAAAGGACAAAGAAAAGAAAUAGAACAUCAUGAUGGAAAUGAGACACUUGACAGUGAGGGUAUGAUCAAUGCAGAAAAAGAAACAAUUAGUUUGCAGAAUGAACCCAGUUCAGAUGAAUCUACAUUACAAAGUUUAAAAGAUGGAGCUAAAGAACAGGAGAUGGAAAUAUGUGAGAAGAAUGAUGUUGAUCCUGUUGAAGAGUCUGAAUCCACUCUCCUGCAGUCAUCAUGUACUUCAGAUUUAGUGUCUGAAGAAUCCACUGCAAUAAGUAUCUGUCACAUCACAGAAUCACAAACCCUCACAAAAAUUGAUGAAGAGUCCCAGGAAAAUACUGCAGAUGCUGAAAGAGUGCCAGCAGAGGACGACAAAAACUUACAAUUAGAAAUUGUCUCACAGAACAAAACAUCUGACCCAACAACCAGAGAAGCAGAAGAAACAGAAAAGAACAUACAUGAUGCUACUGUUUUAGUCAGAGAAGUUGAAGUUAUUGGAGAUACAAAUACAGUGGAGAGUAAUAUGACUAAUGAUUCAGAAUUUCUUCAAAGAUCUCCUGAUGCACACAUGGAAGCAUUGAACGUAUCUGAAAAGGCAGAGAAAGAAGUUUCAGGAGAAAUAAACACAAUACCUGAACAAAGUGACAUCAGCAUCAUUCCUGCAGAUUCUCACAGAGAAGAGACACACUCAAAAUCAAGUCCAGUUAUUCAGAAGAGAAAAAUGGGCUCAACUCGUAGACCUCUCAAAGGGAAUAAAGGACUAAGAAAAGGUCAUGAUGAAAAAGAAAUCUUCAAUGUGGAGGAUGAACCCAGUCCAGAUGAAUCCAGACAUACUGCCUUGAGUAGCUGUGACAUUUCAGAAUCACAAACUUUCACAAAAAUCCAUGCAGGGUCCAAGGAAAAUACUGGAGAUGUUGAUAUAGCACCAGCAGAGGGAGACACAGAAUCACACUCAGAAAACAAAACAAUUUACUCUCCAGCAUUUGAAGGAGAAGCAACAGAAGAGAACAUCUGUGCAGCUAGUGACACUUCCACUGAUGCAAAACUGGAAUCAUUGAUAUCUGAACCUGCUGAGAAUGAAAUUUCAUUAAAAACAGACAUCAUUUCCAAACAAAGUGUUCCCAAUAUCAUUCCUGAAGAUCUUCAUGGAGACGAGGUACACACAAAACUGAAUCUUAAUGUUCAUAAGCGAAAAAUGGGCUCAACACGUAGACCUCUUAAAGGGAACAAAGGACAAAGAAAAGGGGAUGACCUAUCUGAAGUGAGUGAGGAAAAGGGAAUGGACAAUACUGGAGAUGACAGUAACAGUCUGACUGAGGCAAUUCAUCUCAAGGAGGGGACAAAGGACAAAUUUGUCAUGACAGUUAGUCAUGAAGAUGUUCAUCAGAUUGUGUUAGAGCCCGAACAGACUGAAAACACACACAAUGUUAUUCCUACACAAGAACUAAGAGCCACUCAGGAUGAUGUUGUUCAUGAAAACAACUCUCAAAAAAUACCUGCCACACAAGAAAAGAGGCGAAAGAUGGGCUCAACCCGGAGAAAUCCUGGAGCAAUGCAUGGGAAAAAUAUGGCCGAUAAUGAAGAUGUACUUGUUGUAGCAGAGGAUAGAGAAACUAAGAAAGCAGAGGAUGGUUUAGAAGAAGAAUUAAGCAUCAGUCAGUCCAAGGACAUGUCUUCAGUCAGUAGCACAGAUCUUGAUUCAGAAAUGUUAGCUAGUGUAACUGAUUUAAAAGUUGAAAAUGAUCAUCUGAACAGUUCUAGAUCAACAGUGCCUGAAACACAUGAAAAUACCCUUCAAAUAUGUGAUAAUCAAUUAGUAAAUGCUGAUGUUACCAAACAUCCACAGUCAGAGACUGUUACUAUUGAGAAGAGAAGAAAGAUGGGCUCGACUCGGAAGAAUCUCAGAGAAGGAGGAAUACGAGGAAAAAGAGAUGGACAUGAGGACACAGAAAUUGAAGACACAGAUCUGCAAAUGUCUCAGGGCUCUGAAAUGAGCUUAGUAAGAGAAGAUGUAAGACAACAGACAACUCAUGAUUACUCUAAUCAGCCAGCGGAUUCACUUCUCAGUGAGAUAGAGAGAGCUUUAAACAAGACGUCUCUAAGUUCAUUGAGUUGUGACUGGGAAUUAAUUGUCAAAGAGCCAAACCCAGACAGCUUAGCCAAUGCUCCUGAUCUCAAUAUGCCAGAAAACUCAGAAAUCAAAUCUCUUCAGCCAAUGCCAUCGGCUCACAGUGCACCCAACUCACCAGGACGAAGAAGAAAAAUGGGUUCAACUCGCAAAAAUCCAAGACAGCAGCUCAACGCAGAAAGGGAGGAGGAAGACAAAGAGGAUGGGGAGAUAGAUGAGAACUCAAAGACAAAUAAGCAAGAAAAGAAGGACCUUGAAAGAGCUGAGGCAUCUGUAGUGCAUAAUAUUACUGAAAACAAACUGAAUAAAGAGUAUCUCGAUGUCUCUAGUGCACACACUAGUAGCAAUCAGCUAGAAGAGACCACUAACCCUGUUAGCCAAGAAAAGACGUCUCCAUCAACUAAAAGGAAGUUUGGGUCCAGGCGUGCUAAUAAGAGCAAACAAGGCCUUGGUAGGUUGGCUGAUUCUGAUUUUGGGAAUGAAUUAGAAGAUGGAGAUCAUAAACCAGACAGCUCUGAGGUCAAGGACAAGCUGCACAGUGAUGACUUAGCGGUUUGUGAUCCGUGCCUCACCUUACAACCAGAGAAUCAACCAGCUUCUGAGCAGAGGAACAUGGAAGCCAAAAAUGAAGAAGCUGCUUCAAAGGGCACUGAUGCUGGUCUCGUUUCUUUGGACCAAAUCAUAAAACAUGAUAGGACUGGAGCUAAGCAGACAGUAAAUUUAAAGAACAGGAUUUCAGAUACUGAAGUAGUUCAGUUUAAUGUUGUCAUGGUGGGAAACAGCUGUGUGGGAAAGACUUCCUUCAUAAGACGCUUCCAUGAAGGCCAGUUCACUGAGGAUUACCGCUCCACUAUUGGUGUUGACACCUUUAAAGAAACUGUUGAGCUGCCUGACAGAACUGUUAGACUGCAAAUAUGGGACACAGCAGGUCAAGAGAGGUUUCACAGCAUCACCACACAACUGUUCCACAAGGCUGAUGGGCUUCUGCUCAUGUAUGAUAUCACAUGUUCAAAGAGUUUUAUUUCUGUACGAGAUUGGAUCUCUCAAGCUCGGGAAAGGGCCCCUGAUGAUGUCAUCAUGAUGUUGCUUGGAAACAAAAAUGAUUCUGUAAAUCGUGAAGUCCAGAUUCAGGAAGGGGCAGAUCUGGCCAGAGAGUAUAACAUACAUUUCAUGGAGUGCAGUGCUGCAGCUGGGGUGAAUGUGUCAGAAUCCAUGAGAAGUCUUGCAGAGAUGUUAGUGCAGCGCAAGUCAGAGAAGGAGAAACACACAACAUUGAGAAGAGAAGCACCACAGAAGAAAUCUGGUUGCUGUUGAAAACACACUCCCACACACACAACAUGCAAGACCAUUCAAACCUUUGGCAUUGUCCUGUUGAAAGACCCAGUCAUUACUGCACAGAUGAGGGCCCUCCGUCAAGAGGGAUGCCCUCUGCAACAUGUCCACAUCCACCCGCCGUUUGACGCCCCUGCACAACCUGAAGCUCCAUUAUCACAUUGAAGGAAAAAGCACCCCAGAUCAUGAUGGAGCCUCCUCCACUGUGCCCUGUAGAAAACAUCUCCAGUGAGAUCUCUGUGUCAUGCCAAUAACGUUGGAAGCUAUCAGGACCAUCAAGGUUAAAUUUUUCUCAUCAGAGAAUAAAACUUUCUUCCACCUUUCAGUGUCCCAUGUUUGGUGUUCCCUUGCGAAUUCCAAACGGGCAAGUUUGUAACGUGGGAGGAGACAUGGCCUUUGAAGACGUUUUCUGUUCUUUAAGCCUUUCU